UGAGCUCUCGUCUACAUGGCUGAGAACGUGGCGUUAUUAGCAGACCACGCAGUGCGCUUUCAGAAAUCCUGACAAGCCCACCGAUGCUUCUAUACGACCUCAUGUGCAGUCGGCGACACAGGUGUAGAGGGAACGCGCGUACCGAUUGGAAAUGGAAUGAAUAAGUCUCUUGAUCUUCUCGGCCUCAAGUAUAGUUGAAGACCUUGAAGGAUCUUUCGGCCGAUCGAACAGUCGCCGAGGAGUGGCGAAUGGCUGUAUGAAAGACAGCGGUACAAUACGAUACGCUAAUAAUGGUACAAUAUAUCGCUUCAGCAUACCCUUCGAACAAAUACAUCACACUAGUCGCGCCAUCGUUGCAACUGCGUCUUUCAAAAUACCCUCUUGCUCAACCUCAGCUCGCUUACUCGUGUCUACUGUGGCGACGAUUAGCAUCGUCGAAGAUAAUCCAUGUAUGCAACCCAUAUGUGCGGACUCAAGAGCUGUUCCGUUUUCGUCCGAUGCUUCAUCAUCACGCGGCCUCACAUCUCGCUCGCCGAGCGAGCUGCAGUCAUAUUGUAAUAUUUUCGUCGAGUCCAGCAUUAUCACCAAGCUGGAUUGGCCGUGGCGCACUCCGACUCAUGUUUGACGCACGCCACUUUGCGAAAACCGGAGGUGGAGGACAUGCUGCAAAGGUCGGUCCUACACUAAUUUGGAGCUCCCAAAAAUUCGAACUCUCGUACAUGACAUCGUCGAAAUCCGCAUCACGACUUUUCGAAGCGCUAGAAGCUGAAGCUGUGCGCCUCAGAAUCUCACCACUGCGGCUUUUACAGACUUUGCGAGUAGCUUCGCCUUUGGCUGUUAGUGUUCAGCUGGACAACCUAGUAACGCUGGUCCAAAGUCCAACGACAAAUAGAAUGUGUGACGUAUCCCGAGUCCCUGUGAUCUGGAAAAGGAUUUCGCCUUCGCGACUCCGACGAAGCGUUAUCACAGCAGUUUUCGGGCAGUUUUGGGACAGUAGAAAAUCGACUGCGCUCCUCGAAAAGGAAUCUGUUGCGUCCCGUGACUUGGCAACAUCUCUCUCUCUCCCCAUCUUCUGCGGUGUAGCUGCACACAUUUUGGCCACUCGAUCAGACCUUGGUGCUCCUUCACUUUAGCGUGCGUCCCGUCACCCUCAGACCCUGCAGGGCGGAGAUCGACAUGCAAGUGGUUGAGGAAUCCGCCACCACAGCACGAGCACGAAUCCAGACCACAAAGCUCUCGAGAAGGCCUAAAAGAUCGUUGCAUAUCUAGCUGCAUCGACAUCGUCCUGUAGGAGCAAGGCAUGCAAAUUACGCGGACGCCCACCUACCAUGUCGAGACGUUGAACGUUCCCCAUCUGCGUAUGGUAUGUGCAUGAGGUGUCAAACUCCAGCUUUUUACCCCACAC